AUGACUUUACAAAAUGUUGUGGGGGCUCAUUUGGCCUCAUUGGCUCAGGGUGCUUGUGCCGGGAAUCUGAUUCGUAGGUCCCCGGUUCGAAUCCCAGCCAUGAGGCGAACAAUGAGAGAGCAAAGACUAGGAACACUGCCGAAAAUGGAACGCAUGCAAUUGUUACCUGUUCAAUUGAUAAAUAAAAACAGUGCAAGUCUAAAGCAAAUCUAA